AUGACUGCUUUUGGCUUUACCAAGCUCCAAGACACGACGUUCAGAAGCCUGACAUCUUCACUCAACCCGGACAUCAUUGUUGGACUGGGAGAUAUCCCGUAUGGACACUACAAAGUCAGUUACAAGAAGAUUGACAAAAUCACAAAUCGGACCGCCAAGUGGAUGCAAGCACACGUCGACGAAAGAGCCGCGGCCAAGAAAGAGCAAGGAUCGGGACUACCGCUGCUUUAUGCACCUCUACUGCCCAUAUCUGCCGAGUCGCAGAGAUACUACAUUGAGCACCUCGAAGACAUGGUGCAAGACAUACAAGGAUUGGCUCUUUACAACACAAUCACUCUGGAAGAUCUCCCCGAGCAGCUGAAAGCUCUUCCUCGACUCGGUCUGACUGAACCCAACAACCCUCGUGCAAUGCUGCAAGACGUGUCUCAAGGCAUUGAUAUCCUGACUUUGCCUUUCCUCAGCGCCAUCACAGACGCUGGUGUAGCAUUGGACUUCCGAUUCCCAAUUUCUGGUCCCAUGCCGGACGAGCUUUUGCCACUAGGUGUGAACAUGUGGGAGACGAAGCACGCGAUCGAUGUAUCACCAUUGCGGAAAGAUUGCCCUUGUUACUCUUGCACGAACCAUCAUCGAGCGUUCCUGCAACAUCUCUUGUCGGCAAAAGAGAUGCUGGCCUGGGUGCUGUUGCAGAUCCACAACCAUCAAAUCAUGGAUGAAUUCUUUGCUGGCAUACGCGAGAGCAUCAGUCGUGGCACCCUGGAACAAGACAUUGCCGACUUUGAGCGAUUCUACGAGCCGGAGCUGCCGGAGUCAAAUGGCUACCAAUUCAAAUCGGAGGGCCCUAACGAGCGCAAGAGAAACUCUGCGCCGUUCACGGUCUACAAAGCAAAUCCGGACAAGAUUGCAGAGAGAGGCUCAGUGCCUGUACCUGGUCCUGACGCCGUUGCCGAAGACUUGGAGAAAGUCGGAUUCGCUGAGAAGACUGAAUAG